AUGUCACAACCAUGGGAUUACAUUGCUAAGCUUGUCUGCAUCGGUGACUCAGGUACGGGCAAGUCAAGUCUUACGAUACGUCUUUGCGAAGGUCGGUUCUCGCCGACCCACGAUGUCACCAUCGGCGUCGAGUUUGGAUCCAGAAUCGUCCCCGUAGGACCUCCUGCCUCGCUGGAACUCGGGUUGGAUGACGAUGGCCACAUGAACAGCAGCCGCAACCGAAACGGCACCAAGGAUGGCGAUGCCUCGACAGAGGACUCGACAAUCCUUUCCCCCUCCUCCGCCGCCAUCCCGGGGGGCAGCCCCGGUGGUCUACCGACACCACCGCGCAAGAAGCCCCAAGAUGGUCCAGCACCGGUCCAAAAACGAAUGAAGUUGUCCCUCUGGGACACUGCCGGCCAAGAAACAUAUAAAUCAAUCACACGGUCCUAUUUCCGAGGUGCCUCGGGUGCCCUUCUUGUCUUCGACAUUUCUCGCCGAGCGACGUUCGUGUCGUGUACGCAGUGGUUGCAAGAUCUCCAACAGAUUGCUGAAGAGGGAAUCGUGGUGAUUCUUGUGGGGAAUAAGUCUGAUUUGGCAGAUUCCAGUUCCAGUUCCAAUCAGAGACAGGUCACCCAGAAAGAAGCCGAAGAGUGGUGUCGGAUGAACAACGUGGUUCGAUACGUGGAGACCAGCGCCAAGUCUGGGGACGGGUGGAGCGGGCGUUUUUGGAAGUUGCCGAGCGAAUCUUCCGAAAUAUCGAAGCGGGCAGAUACGAUUUGA